AUGACAGCGGGAUUGGCUUGGAGCGCGAUUUCAGAUUUAUUUGUUAGCCUAGAUUGCUCGACUCAGUUUACAACUCAAGCGCUUCUCAACGCGGGCGUCUUCCUGGGCUCAGUGAUCUGCGGCCGCACACUGUGCACAUCAAAGAUUCACGGAAACCAAGCACGACUUACAUCUCGGACGGCAAUCAAAGCUUUGCAAUUGUCAUGUGACAAGAUACCUGACGAUGUUUUUGCCGCCACUUGUUCAGCACUCAGUGAAACGCAUCGGCAAACAAAAUUAAUACUCCUGACUGUGCGGUCGAUCAAUCCCCUGAGGUGGGCGUGGCUGGUAUAUGCUCUCUACUACAGAGCUUGGAACGGCGUAGAAGACACUGACUUUGCUGAAUCAAACUUGCGGAUUACAAAUAUUAAACUGACCCGCGCAGAUGUGGACUCUAUAGAAGCAGCAUUGGAGUAUGGCUAUCCAAUAGAAUCGCCUCAACGUGAUCUUGUCUACGGGUUCGUGGAUAUUCACGACGGAACUCCAUUGUGGCCUCGUGGGUGUCCAGAAGCUGGUAGCAACGGCUUGAUUGCAUCAUCUCAAGUCCGAUGCCGAGCUUGUUACGACCCAACCAACUGCGACUUCGUGGAAAUCCUUGUCCCUGGUUACGGGAUUUGCGAGGCGAGAACUGGAGGUGCGACCGUGUUCACACCCGUUUCGAAGUAA